AUGUGGUUCGAUCUUCAGCAUCUCGCUAUAGAUCCAUCUCUUAUCAAGGAAAUCAAGCCUUGCGUUUACGAGAUUCCAAUUGGUUUCGUUCCAAACAUGAAGGUUCCAGGUUAUUUCUACUCAACACCCGAAAUGGCAAAGUACGCAUUCGAUGAACUUCAGAACUGGAUGUCGAACCGUAACCAGGGUCUCCCAUCAAUCUUACAGAUUUCAUUUGUUGCUACACUUCCAGGUAUCACAAAGGGCUCAUUCGGUAUGCCAGAUAUGCACUCUGGUUAUGGUUUCUCAAUUGGUGGCGUUGCAGCAUUCGAUACAACAGAUCCAGAUGCAUUCAUCUCUCCAGGUGGUGUUGGCUACGAUAUCAACUGUGGUGUCCGCUUGAUGACAACAAACUUAACAUGGGAAGAGGUCGAGCCAGUCAAGAAGGAACUCGUUGAGAAGCUCUACGAGUACAUCCCAGUUGGCGUUGGUGGCAAGCUCGAUGGCGUCUGCGAUCGUGACCAUCUUCGUGAUGUAAUGUUAAAGGGCGCUGGCUGGGCACUUGAGAAUGGUUUCGCAGUUCAAGAGGAUAUCGACAACUGUGAAGAGAAUGGUUGUCUCAAGGGUGCUGAUCCAUCUUUGAUCUCAGACCGCACAAUUACACGUGGUACAGGCCAGCUUGGCACAGUUGGUGCAGGAAACCACUACAUCGAAGUUCAGCGUGUCGACAAGAUCCUCGAUGAGGAGAAAGCACGCGUGAUGGAUCUUCACGAGGGACAAGUUGUUGUCAUGAUCCACACAGGAUCUCGUGGCUUAGGUCACCAGGUUGCAGAUGAGAACAUGAAAGUAUGCUCAGAGAAGUUUGUCAAGGAAUCACUCCCAGACAAGCAGCUUGCUGCACCAUCUUUCCACUCUGAGGAAAGCCAGAAGUACUUGCGUGCAAUGUACGCAGCUGCAAACUUCGCUUGGUGCAACCGUCAGGUAAUCAUGCACAACGUUCGCCGCGCAUUCUCUGAUGUCUUCAAGGACCGCAAAUUAGAGACACACCUCGUCUAUGACGUUGCACACAACAUCGCAAAGGUCGAGAAGCACAACAUCGACGGUGUUGAGAAGGAGUAA